CUACGACCUCUCUCGUGAUCCUCUCUGACCUGCCUCGUCCUCUUGUCAAGUGAUAUAGUCUCAAUAUGUUUGUGUUAACCUUGAUCGCAAUGGUGGGCGUGUGCGUGGGAGCUCCGCAAGGCGCUUUCAACAUUCCUGUACCCAGCGUUCCUUCAGGUCUUUACGGUCUGCCCAACGCUGGUGGUGUCUCCUCUAGUGGGUCCAUCUCAUCGGAUCAGGGUAUCCGGGUGGUAGCAUCUCAGUUGAAUUCACUGCCUGCCUCGCCCUCUGCCCCUUCACCGCCAUCUGGACCCGCCCCACCACCUGCGCCCACUGCUCCGCCCACGACCACCACCCACAUGCCACCCAUGCCGUACCAGUUCUCCUACAACAUCAUGGACGGAAUCUCCUCGGUCUACUCCUCGAGGACGGAGGAGCAGCUGGAAGACGGGCCCCUCGUCGGGAGCUACUCGUACCUGCGUCCCGAUGGCGUCUACAUGACCGUUAUGUACACUGCCGACGAGAACGGCUACCGCGCUGAGGUGAAGGAGAGCCUCGAGGCACCGCAGGACCUCCAGUCCGUAGAGGACAACCGCGCUAAGUACGAGGUGAGCCUACCCGGAGCCGAGACGUACCUGGUGGACGUGACCGACGACGAGCUCCGCGAGUACAUCCUCCAGGCGGCGGCAUUCGAGGCUUCGCAGGUCCAGGCGACAACCCUUCCGCCGCAGACCCAGUCGCAGUCCCUCUCGCAGACUCAGAGCCUGUCGCAGUCGAACUCCCAGUCCCAGUUCUCCACGCUUACCCAACCUCAGGCCCAGGGCACCAGCUCCAUCUCGCAGACCUCCAGCUCGAGCACGAACCAGUCGCCGCCAGUGAGGGGCGCUCAGUCUCCCUCAGGCUACAGCUACCCCCAGCCUUCGAUUCCCUUCGGGUUCUCCCAACCUUAAUUCCCUUUCUUCCAUCCUCCUUUAAUUCCCCUUCUUCCACGGUCUCUCCGAAAUAAAAUUCCAUCUCGUCACAGAAAGAGGCGAUAACAACGGCAUAUUAUAAACCUCUUUCUUGUGUAUUUAUACAUUUUUAAUCACACGAUUUUGUAUUUCGUCACAAAAUAAAAUAUCCACCACGUGAAUAAACUUUCCAAUAUUACC